AUGUUUCUCCACGUGAAAGGAAUACCCCAUACGGGGCCCUGUCAAGUGCCGAGUGAUUUUCGGGGCGAGCAGUGCUCCAAUUUUGAUAAUGUACCUUACGGCGGACAAUUGAUCAAGUGGUAUCCUUAUUACGAUGAGUCUAAGCCGUGCUCCUUGAUCUGUCGUGGAGUUCAAGUGUCAAGGGCUACUUCGGAGGCAUCACCGAGGGAGUCAUUGGACAAGUCUGAGGAAAUUAGGAAUAAACUUGAUGGGACUGUUGGUGGAUCCAUUGAGACUGGAGAACUUGAGUCCGAUGAAACAUUCGUUGUCCAGCUGGCGGACAGUGUUGAGGAUGGCACCAAGUGCCAAGAAGGAGGUGUUGAUGUUUGUAUUGGCGGUAGCUGCAUGAAGGUCGGAUGUGACAUGAGAGUAAACAGUGGGAAAACUAAGGACGCAUGUGGUGUGUGCGGUGGAAAUGGUUCAAGCUGUCAACCAAGAUACUCCUGGAGUUUGGAAUCAAUAUCAGCGUGCUCCAAGUCCUGUGGAGGCGGUUUCAAAAUGGCAAUGGCAAUUUGCAAAUCGUCCGUAGAUGAUAGCAUUGUGGACGAGGUGAAUUGUGAUCCGGAGGAGAGGCCGACGGAGAUGUCCCUGACUUGCAAUGGACACCCUUGUACCACCAAAUGGAUCUCUGGAGAUUGGACAAGAUGUAGUGCAACGUGCGGGGGUGGAUCACGAACUCGCGCCGUUUUCUGCACAGAGGAGAGUGGAAACGAAACGACUAAGCUGCCAGAUCAUCGGUGCAACGCCAGUCAUAAACCGCGUAAUCAAGAGAUGUGCAAUACCAUUUCGUGUCCUAUGUGGGAGACCAAUCAGUGGAGUGAGUGCUCGGUGACAUGCGGAAGUGGCGUAAGAACCAGAACGAUUGAAUGCAGAGAUGGAAACGGCAGAUUAUCCAACGAUUGCGAUCCAGGGGAGCGUCCCCGUGAUGAACAGGAGUGCAAAACCAGUGUCGAUUGUUCAGCGUAUUCAGGAGAGAUGGCACAAGAGCCCUAUCCAGCCCCACCCCUUCCAGAAAAACUAAUUGACCAACCAGUUCCAUCUGAAUCAACAUUCAUCGCCGACGAUUGGUCACCGUGUUCAGCCACCUGUGGCGAAGGUAUUCGCCAUCGUCAGGUCCACUGCAAGAUUUUCCUCGAUUUCAGUCGUACAAUAGCGAAACUACCUGACAAUCAGUGCGCAGGGCCAAAACCCCCUGAAACCGAGAGAUGCAUGCUGCGAGCCUGUCCACCGCUGGACAAUAGCCUCUCCUACAGAAUUGAUACUGUCGGAGACAGUGGAUACGAAGAAUCCAAUCUAAUGGAUUCUUACAGGUCCUCUGGGGCUAGUGGAAGUGACUAUGAGAGUACCGUUAAAGUCGCACCUGGAAACUCCGGUCAGACAACGUACUCCUGGAAAGAGGGUGGUUACAGUGCGUGCACUGCAUCCUGUUUAGGAGGUGUUCAGGACUUGAUAAUAAAUUGCGUACGCGAUGACACUGGCAAGACAGUGAUUCCCCUACUGUGCACGAAGGAAACAAAACCUGAGUCUCGUAUCCGUACCUGCAACGAUCACGCAUGCACCCCCAGGUGGAACUACAGUGACUUCUCACCGUGCAGCGUUCCCUGCGGUAUUGGUAUACAAACGCGUUACGUCACUUGCAUACAUGAGGUGGCACGGGGUGUUGGGAAUACGAUAGUCGUACCAAACCAUAUGUGUCAGGCACCACCACCGGUAGACAGGCAGCAUUGUAACGUGUGGGACUGCCCACCAGAAUGGAAGCCCAGAGAUUGGGAGAAGUGCUCGAAAAGUUGCGGAGGUGGGGUGAAAAGGAGGGAAGUAGUGUGUGUCCAGGUAAUGGCGCAGGGACACGAGAGAACAUUGCCGGACCGUGAGUGCAAUGGGAAUAAACCAGCAACUGAAAAACCCUGUAACACCCGAGCUUGCCACGAGAUCGGAUUGAGUGUGCAGCCAGUUAUUUUCAGUCAAAAUUCAACAUUCACCCAGAGAACACCCGAGGAAAAAGUUGACCUGAAAAUUGGUGGGACAGCUACUGUAUUUCAAGGGAUCCCCAUGGUCAAGAUUCGCUGUCCUGUUAAGAAAUUCAACAAGCAACAAAUUUCGUGGAUGAAAGACAGGGCGGAGAUAAGAAAAUCUAGGAAGUACAAAAUUAGCAAGAAGGGAGCUCUGAAAAUUGUGGAUAUCGGAGUGACUGAUGCAGGGGUUUAUUCGUGCAGAGCUGGUGGUACAAAGGCAGAGCUUCGAUUAAUCGUGAGACAUCGUACAAGAGAGCAAAUGAGCAGUGAGGAAAUUCUGCGGUUCGGAAAUACCGUUCAUCAUCGCCCUGACGUUAAUUUGGAUCAAUCCUCUAAUUCCGGGGAAAGCCUUCAAAUUGAUCACGCUGCUCCAGCUUUCCAGGGAGCUUUUGCAUAUGGCAACGACGACCAGAGCCACGAGUUCAAGCCCGAAAUUCCAAACGCCAAACCCACGAAAAAGCCUCGCGCUCGCAAUCGCAAACCAAAGACUAGUCCACCACCCUCAGACACUGGAUCACAGGGUGAAUUUUCAGUGACGUCCAUCCACCAGCCUGGCUAUCACGAGUCGGUAGAGUCUACAGCUUCUUCGGGUGCCAAUAGCCUUGUGCCAACGUUCAGCCAUCUACUAUCAACACUGAAGUCAUACUGGCCCUUCCACGGCGGUUCAGGAUCAUCUCGAAAUCAUCGAACAGUGUCAGAGAAAAGGCCCAAUUCACGAUACGACAGUGUGGAGAGGGAUUUGGGUUUAUUUAGCGACAAUACGAUCCUCCCCGACGAGCCUUUCGGCCCGGACGAGGAGAGAAUAUUCAUUGACGACGAUCCAUUCGACAUGAAUACUGCUAUGUCCCUAGACCAGCUGGAGGAAGCGAAAAAAUCUACAGACGCCUUGAUAAAAGUGCACAGUCAGCACUCAAAGAGUCAAGACACAAAAGACUACCUCGAGGAGUCCCUGAAACAGGCCAAGAGGCACAAGCACGGGGAGGUGGACAAAUACCUGAGGAACGAGCGAGGAACGAGUCACUCCAGGCCCUCAGAGGGUACCACACACUCACCACUCGAUAGAUACAACGAACAGAUUAGAGAGGCCGUGACUCCGGGCUCGAGUAAUCCGGAGGAUUUUACGACAUCGAGGAGGGAGGGAGAUAAGACCGACCCUGUCCUCAUCACCCUGGCCUCAACUCUCCCAGCGGAGGGACGGCCCUCUGAGAAGUCGAUGCCAAGAGCUCAGGACGAGGACGACAGGGCAUUCGACUCUGGUAGUGAAAUGGAACAGACGGAGGACUCCUACGAGUCAGAAUUGGCUAGGCAGAGGUUUAAUAAAAAUGAUACUGUUAAAUUGUUGUCUAAUAACUCCAAUGGGAGUGAUUUGGCAUCGAGCAAUGAGAAUGCCAGGGAGAUGGAGUCGGAGGGCGAUGACAGAGGUGCUCUCGAGGUUUUGAGUAAUGAAGAUGGUGUCAAUAAGUCUGAAUUCACCAGGAGUGAAUUGAUGAUCGAAAUUGGCCGGCACCUGAGAAAUAAGAGCUCUCAAUUGAGUGGCAAGGGGUUGGGGGAGGAGGGAGAAACUCUGGGAUUUGAUAGUGAGGAUGAUCAGGGGAUCGCUGGGGGGCUCAAUGUCUUCAGCAAGGUUUAUUUCUCCUCUCGAAUCUCAGGGACUGGUGAGGAUUUGGUGUUCGAAUGGGUCACCACUGAGUGGUCCAAGUGCUCUCAAACUUGUGGAGGGGGUGGGUUUCAAAUGAGGGGGGCACAGUGUACGGUGCGUUCGACCAAAACUGUUAAUGCCACGAGGGUGCCAGCUAGAAGUGUCAUAGGGGCUUCGUUGUGCGAAGACGCUGGAUUCCCUGUUCCCCAGAAGGUCAGACCCUGUGGAUCGGGGAGAUGUCCACAGUGGCAUGCGGGGGAGUGGACACCUUGUGAAACUUCGCGAUGUUUCAAUUGGAAAACUGCAAUGCAAAGAAGAGACGUAACGUGUCGCCUUGUUGAAGAUGUGAAUGGCACAACGAACGUAACGAUUCUGGAAUCAAGCAAAUGCGAUGACGGAAUCAGGCCACCCCAGAGGCAGGAGUGUUACAAUGACAUUUGCAAAGGAGUGUGGAGAGUUGGCGAGUGGUCUGAGUGCACCGCCUCGUGCGAAGAGGAUGGAAUAAAAUACCGAAUUCUCCAGUGUGUCUGGUUUGGCACGAAAAAACCAGCAGGGAAUGCCUGCAGGGACAUCCCAAAUCGUCCAGCUGUGAUGAAAAUAUGUCAGGGUAAACCGUGUCCUAAAACUCCAGGGGUUUGCGAGGACCACUCACCACUCUGCAACAGGGUGAAAAUGAUGAACAUGUGUCAAGUGCCACUGUAUCAAAAACAGUGCUGCAAGUCGUGUCACUAGACACCGAAAUAAAAAAAAACCAACGAACAACU